UUGAACAAUUGAGAAUCCAAAUCGUGGAUGAAGUGAAGAUGAGUGACAAGAACCUUCUCCUGAUUGGAAAGUUGAUGCAGACCACCUUUGCCCUGCGGCGCAAAGAGGUCAUCAGUGAUGAGUCACCUGUCGAUGAGAUCCUGGAACGCUGGCCUGCCCUCAAAAUUGAGUCACAGAUCUGUGCAGAGUUUCACAGAAUCUCAAACACCAACCUGAAGAACAGCUUCUAUGCUGACUUGGAUCAACAUCCCCCCCGUUUUCUGAGCUUGUUCAGGAAGAAAGCUGCACGCACAGGGAAAAUAGCAGAAGUCCUCAGUGAGAUUUUCAGGAUUUAUGACCUCCAGGAACAAGUUGACGUCCAUGUCAGACGUGCUGCUGUCCUCCGUGCUCUCCCUGCAUAUUUGCAUGAGGACGACUCCGGAUUUCUGAAGCAAUGGGAUAUGUCACAGUCUGACGAACCAAACAUCGACGACGAACCAGUUGGGCUCCUCUUGAUCAGUGCCAAUUCAACAGAUGCCACAUUCUUCUGCCCAGAGAGGAUUGCAGUCGUGCUUGAGGGUAACAUGGUUAUUGAUCUCCCCACAUUCGCUGACGCAUUCGUCAUGCUUUUUGCACUGAUUUAUGCGCUGCAUCUGAGUUACCCAAAAGCCUUGGCCAAUACAUUUGACUUUACCCAGAAAGUCUUGAUGGGCCUGGAGGAUGGGAAGCUGAAGCCUAGGGUGUUGAGCCUUAAAAAUGCCAUUUUGGCAGUGGAGUAAUUUCAAGUGUAUGGACAAACAAAAACAAGGUUGCUCCUUUACUUGAUACACUUGCACAGGAUGCACUUGAUACACUUUUUUUUCUUUUUUGAAAACCUCUUAGAGAUCUGUUUCGACAGUAUUCUCAGUGAAUUUUGAAUAUGUUACUGUUCAAAAGCAAUGUUUGAUGUAGUGUUUGUACUCAAUGGAUAUGUAAAACUGAAAUAGCUACAGCAGUACAAAUAUCUUUUCGAAAACAUAACUGAAAUGUGUUUUGACAGUAAUGUAAAACAAACACAAUUGAUGGACCUGAAAGACAUUGUGCAGCUGGU